AUGACCAUGAAGAUCGUUGCCGCAGCUGCUGGCGCCAUGGCCUUCCAGGCGAUGGGAGGACUCUUUGCUUCGCCAGCAAGGGCGGCUUGGGGCUGGUUCAUGGAGGUACCGACCAGUCUCGGCUUCACCUGCAGUGAGGGCACCUCGCUUGGCUGUGCCUCUCCUGCAGGCUGCGAGGACUCCAACUUUACUUGCACGGUCGUGCCCGAUGCAGGCAUGAGCUGCGAUGUCACUUCCACGAACGUCGUGUGCUCCAUUGCCGGCGGUGCCCAGAACUUCGUGCCGGACUCUGCCAGUCCGAUGUGCGCCCAGGUCAACACCAGCAGCCAUUACAACAACGCCAGCCUGUCCUGGAGCACGGUCCCGACCUGUGGAACCACCACCACCGGUGCAUCGACGUCUGACGCCCGCAUGGAGAUGGUCGGAUUUGCGGCGGCGGCCUUGGCAACGGCACAGCUUCUUCCAAUGACAUUUUCGUCAGAGAGCAUGGGUGCAAAGCAGCCCAUAAGCCUGCUCUUUGCAUCUCGCGCCUUUCCGACGACCAUGAAGAUCGUUGCUGCAGCUGCUGGCGCCAUGGCCUUCCAGGCGAUGGGAGGACUCUUUGCUUCGCCAGCAAGGGCGGCUUGGGGCUGGUUCAUGGAGGUACCGACCGGUCUCGGCUUCACCUGCAGUGAGGGCACCUCGCUUGGCUGUGCCUCUCCUGCAGGCUGCGAGGACUCCAACUUUACUUGCACGGUCGUGCCCGAUGCAGGCAUGAGCUGCGAUGUCACUUCCACGAACGUCGUGUGCUCCAUUGCCGGCGGUGCCCAGAACUUCGUGCCGGACUCUGCCAGUCCGAUGUGCGCCCAGGUCAACACCAGCAGCCAUUACAACAACGCCAGCCUGUCCUGGAGCACGGUCCCGACCUGUGGAACCACCACCACCGGUGCAUCGACGUCUGACGCCCGCAUGGAGAUGGUCGGAUUUGCGGCGGCGGCCUUGGCAACGGCACAGCUUCUUCCAAUGACAUUUUCGUCAGAGAGCAUGGGUGCAAAGCAGCCCAUAGCACGCAUCAAGAGUAAUAAUCAGCGAUGGCCAAUGUUUCAGCAAGUGGACCCAGAUGCAGCAGAUGCACAUGCACAAGUCUGCGGGAGCAGUCUCUCCCAACGUAACACGCUUUCGCAUGCUAGCAUGUGCAUGCGUUUUGCACAGCUGACAUGUGGGAAAGCAUUUUGGCACCAAGCACUCCAGAGCCUGCUCUUUGCAUCUCGCGCCUUUCCGACGACCAUGAAGAUCGUUGCUGCAGCUGCUGGCGCCAUGGCCUUCCAGGCGAUGGGAGGACUCUUUGCUUCGCCAGCAAGGGCGGCUUGGGGCUGGUUCAUGGAGGUACCGACCGGUCUCGGCUUCACCUGCAGUGAGGGCACCUCGCUUGGCUGUGCCUCUCCUGCAGGCUGCGAGGACUCCAACUUUACUUGCACGGUCGUGCCCGAUGCAGGCAUGAGCUGCGAUGUCACUUCCACGAACGUCGUGUGCUCCAUUGCCGGCGGUGCCCAGAACUUCGUGCCGGACUCUGCCAGUCCGAUGUGCGCCCAGGUCAACACCAGCAGCCAUUACAACAACGCCAGCCUGUCCUGGAGCACGGUCCCGACCUGCGGCACAACCACCAGCACCAACAUGACGAUAAGUACCACCACCACCACCACCACCAGCACCACCACCAGCACUACCACUACCACCACCGCGGGUGGAACUUUGACGUCGGAUGCAAGCAUUCCGAUGCUCGGAUUUGCGGCGGCGGCUCUGGCAACGGCACAGUUGCUCUAA